GUACGGUUUAACGUAGGGCAAACAUGCUGAAAGGAUUUUGUUUGGUUUUGCUGCUGCAGACACUUUACUGUUCAGUAUCCUGCAACGAUUUUUCAUCCUUUUUGAGUGCAAAUGCAUCGCUAGCGGUCGUCCUAGAUGAGGAUUAUUUACGUAAACGAGAUGAAAAUAUCUUUGAUCAAGUGAAAAAAACUAUAGACGAUGUGAUUCGUGAGAAUUUGAAAAAUGGAGGAUUGGCUGUUCGAUAUUUUAGCUGGAGCUCAGUUCGACUUAAGAAAGAUUUCGUUGCAGCUAUAACAGUAGCAGACUGCGCCAGAACCUGGAAAUUCUUUGAAGAUGCCGAAGAAACGGCGAUUUUACUUCUUGCUAUUACCGAACCAGAUUGUCCUAGGCUACCAUUAGACCAAGCUGUUAUGAUCCCCAUUAUCGACAGAGGAGAAGAAAUACCGCAACUCAUACUGGAUAUCAAAGUGCAAAAGAUCCUUAACUGGAGAACAAGCGUGUUGCUAUUUGACUCCUCCAUAGAGGCUAAAACAACUCAAAUCAUCGCAUCCUUAGCGCACGAAGGACCGAAAAACAUGUUCAACCCAAUUUCGGUUUACCUCUAUAAGAUUGAUGAGAGCUUAAGGAAUCAACAGAAAAAAACUGCUAUCAAGAAGGCGCUACUACAGUUCGCCAAUAGGCCCCAUAAUCAGUUCAUUGUCUUCUCCUCAUCUAUAGAGGAUGUCGUUGAAUUAGCUGCCAGCUUGAAUAUGUUCCAUGUUUUCAACCAGUGGCUAUUCUUCCUGCCUGUGACAACAGAUCGUGUCAACACCUAUUCCCUAACUCAAAACUUAAAUGAAGGAGCCAAUAUUGCAUUUGCCGUUAACGACACAGUUGUAGGGUGUCAAGAAACUCUUUUGUGCAGCAUAGCUGAACUUGUUCAUGGAUUUGUGGACGGUCUUUCAAAAGUUAUUGAAGAAGAAGGAUCGCUUUAUGGUCAAAUUUCCGAUGAGGAGUGGGAAGCCAUACGAUUGACAAAGAAGGAACGUCAAAAUGAAAUAUUGGAAUACGUUAAGGAAUACUUGAGAAAGAACAAUCAAUGCUCUGGAUGCUCUCAGUGGUCCUUCAAAUCAAUGGAAUCCUGGGGACGAAGUCGACGUUAUACAAAAACUGUUCAGCGAAUUGAUUUAUCCAGUUCCUUCGAUUACGACUACGUCGACGUAGGAUAUUGGAGUCCUCUUUUUGGAUUUGUCAGCAAAGAUGUUCUCUUCCCUCAUAUCAGUCAUAAAUUUCGGAAUAUAUCGCUAAAUGUUAUUACGUAUCAUAAUCCCCCAUGGCAAAUAUUGUCUUACAAUCAAAGAGGCGAAAUUGAAGAGUCUUCAGGGAUUGUUAUUGAACUUCUCAAAGAGCUGAGCAACAAAUUAAAUUUCACAUACAAACUUCAAGGAUCAUAUGAGGAUAUACUGAAAAUCGAACAAGAGAAUACUACAGCGCUAUCGGGAAGCUUAACCAACACCGUACCCCAAAGGAUCGUUAAUGCAAUGAUGAAUCGGAAUGUUUUCAUGGGAGCAAUGGGGGUAACAGUCCAUGAUCCAUCGAAGGUCCCUUAUAACUAUACGGACCCUAUCAGCAUCCAAAAGUACACCUUAAUUUCCAAGAGACCUGAUGAAGUCAACCGAAUCUAUUUGUUUACAGCUCCAUUUACAAUAUUGACAUGGGCAUGCCUAGCAGCAGCCGUGAUCCUAACCGCGCCUGCUUUAUACUUGAUCAACAAAUACAGCCCACUAGAUAUCUUAAGGACUGAGGGCCUAAAUAAAAUGAAAAAUUGCUUUUGGUACGUUUAUGGAGCGCUACUUCAACAAGGUGGUAUGUAUCUCCCUAAAGCAGAUAGUGGAAGAGUCAUUAUAGGCAUCUGGUGGAUCGUUGUGAUCGUCCUUGUGACAACCUACUGCGGCAACUUGGUAGCCUUUCUGACUUUCCCAAAGUUCCAACGAGGCAUUGAUUAUCUAUUCGAAACAUUCUCGCAUAAAGAGGUCACCACUUAUGGACUACGGAAUGGAACCUUCUUUCAGAUUUAUGCUCAACAAUCAACACGGAAGGACUUCAAAAAAUUCCUAGAACAUGCCGUACUGUAUGAUGAUGUAAUCACAGAGGACAUCGCUUCAGUACAGAAAGGACUAAGGGUCAACGUUGAUUGGCGAAUUAACCUGCAAAUGUCCAUUCAAAAGCACUUUGAGGAGAGCAAAGUUUGUGAAUUUCUCCUAGGCAAAGAAGAUUUCGUUGAUGAACAAAUAGCCUUGGUCCUGCCUGGAGGAAGCCCAUACCUUGGCAUUGUCAACAACGAAAUCAAACGACUGCAUCAAAUGGGUUUCAUUGAAAGAUGGCACCAAUUAUAUCUGCCUGGGACUAACAAAUGCAACGCCAAGAGUAAAUCCAGGCAGAUUACGAAUCACAUGGUGAAUCUGAAUGACAUGCAAGGAUGCUUCUUGGUUCUAUUUUUUGGAUUCAGUCUAAGCGCUUUUUUGAUAAUUGGCGAGUUCAUAUUCCACAGAUUCAUUCUUUCUAGAGAGAAAAAGCUGGGAACUUACACUAACUAGUUUGUGGAGCCUCAAAAAUGAAAUUCACCAGUAAGACUUGGGGUCGGACGUGGUAACCGCCUCCUUCAUAGUUACUCCCUUUUGGAUUUAUACUAAGUGCACCUUCAGCUAUUGAUGUUGUUGUUGAUGUCCAGUUUUGAAGUGGAGAGAUAAACACGAUUUGAA